AUGAAGAACACGCACGUCCUCGAGCGCGCAUACGAUAUCACCCGAGACUGGCUACGCCGUGCAGGCCUGGACGUGGACCGCGUCAAGCGAGAGCUGAUGCACUACACCCGGCGCAAAUGCGACGAGCAGUCCCCCUCCGCACGCCUCUCGAAUGGGGAUGGAAGCUUCACAACCGUACCAACGAGCUCCACGGUGCGAUGGCUGGGCAUAUUCUUUGACCGUAAACUGCUUUUCAACAGACACGUCCAAACGUUAGCGGCUCGCGCCGAAAACACAGUGCAGGGGCUCACAAUGCUCGCGAACACCGUGCGCGGGCUGCACCAAAUGCAUAUGCGACACUUAUACAAGGCAUGUGUCAUACCAGUCAUGUUUUAC